AUGGAUCAGGAAGAUGAAUACGGAGGGCUUUUCUUGGUAUCGGUGGACGAUCUUGGCGCACCUGGGCUGUGGGCAUCCACCAAAGAUCUUCUGGAGUCUCGGUCCGUGCUGCACGGCCUGGUGCUCCGCAACAAACUGGGGCGAGCAGUUACGGUGGACAGACUAGCACUCCAACUGGUGCCCAGUGGCGACAAGCGGCUUCAGCGGCUGCGGCCCUUCGCACACAGCCCCGUUGUGUGGUUCCGUCACCCCUACGCGCACCUGCUGCUGGUGUCCACUUUGAACACGGCCGAGUACCGCAGCGUCCUCAAACCCGCACUCAAACGAGCUAUCGCGGACCUGGAGCGGGACUGGGGGGGCCCGCCGUUGCCGGGGCCGCCGCCGCCGCAGCCCAGCGGCAUGGGCGCCCUGCUGGGCGGCAGCGGCGCUGCCUCCGCCGCCGCGGCGGCACCAGCAGGCAUGCUGGGCGCGGAGUGGUUCAUCGUGUAUGUGCGGCCGGCGGAGGUGGAUGUGGCGGACAAGGCGGCCAGAAAGGUCUUUGACAAGCUCAAGGACGACUUCUCGUCGCGGGGCCGCACCCGGGUGAUUCGAAUCGACCCGCCCAAGGGGUACUCCGCAGCCGCCGUGGCGGCGGUGAUCGGGGCCUCGGGAGCCGCUGGCGGCGGCGGCGGCGGCGGCAGCUGGGCCAACCUGCGUGGUGCUGGUGCUGGCGCUGGCGCCGCCGGGGCCGGGGCCUCCUCCUCCUCUCUUCCCCACCCCGCCGUCGUGGCCUACCCCGGUUUCCUCCCCAGCGCCAUGCUGGGCCUGGAGGAUCUGGAGCUGUGUUUGCGGGAGUGCGUGAGGAACAGCUUUGAGUCCCGACAGGCGGCGUAUAUGGCGGAGGUUCAGCGGCUGGCCAACGAGCGUCGCGACCCCAACUGGUCCUUCUCCUCCCUCUACCUGGUGAAGGACUCCCUGGCGCUGCUGCUGGAGGGCUGUGGACUGCACACGGAGGCGUACAAGGAGUUCCGGCAGUACCUCUUCGCGUCCCAAUCGCGGUUGCUGCUGCGACUGGAGCGCCCGGUGGAUGUGGCGGAGCGGGGCCUGCGGUUCAUCGGCGCACUGGCGGCGGAGCUGAGAGAGCGGGAGCAGGAGGGGGAGGGGGAGCGCGUGCCGGCGGCCGGUGCUGGCGGUGUACGGCCGCUGUUCACGGAGGCCUGGACUCUGUCGGCCUGCCUUGCCGUGGUGGCGGCUGUGACUGCGUCCGUGUUUGGUCGGGAGACCUCGCUCGCACCGCCUCUGUACGCUAGCGGCUUUGCCGGCGGCGGCGGCGGUGGCGGUGGCGGCGGUGGUGGUGGUGGUGGUGCUCACGCACGCGCGCGCUCUUGGGAUGUGUCUGGUUUCGCUGUUUCCGGAGAUCUCGCCGCCGCGGGACCCGCACCUCGUCCCGCAUCGCGGGGUCUGAGGGCGCCUGGUCAUCAUGGAGCGGCGGCGGAGGAGGCGGCGGCGGCGGCGGGGAUCGGCGGGGGGCCUAAGUCGCGUACGGGAGUCCAGCAACCGGAGGGAGGCCUCGGCGCCUCAUCCUUCCCUCUCCAAGAUGAAGAUCCCGCAGCCGCCGCUGUGGAGGUGCCUGACGGCCGGCCGGAGGUCGUUGCCGACACCGCAGCGGCAGCGGUUGCGGCUGCCGCCGCCGCCGCCGCCGCCUCCUCGGGCCACUUGGACUGGCAGCUGUGGGUUCCCUUCGAGGCGGAGGUUCCCCCCCUGGACCCCACGGCCCUGUGUGGUCAGGCCAUCGCGCCGGGGACGCUUGCGGCAUCGAGACCCACUGACGCCGAGGCGCUGCUCCGCCAGGGGACCUUCCAGAACUUCCUGUUGGCCCUGGCGCACCUCUACAGCUCUGCACUGUCAGCUUUGCUACGAAUGGCGCAGCGUGCGGCGUUGCUCGUCCAUAAGUCGGAGCCGUCGUCACCGGCGCCGGCGUCGGCGCUGGCGGCGGCUGCAGCCGCCACCGCGGCUGCCCAAGGCGCCUCGACGGCCGUGGCGGCCGCGGUUGAUGCCGACAGAAACAGUAGCGGCGGUAGCGGUGCCGUCCCCACAGCCGCCGCUGCCGCCGCCGCUUCUGGUUCUCCGGCCGACGAGUGGGACAGCUUUCUGGAGGCUUGGCGUCACGGGCUUCGGGAGCUGGCGCCGCAGUACACGUGUAGAGGCGUUGUGGGCAUGUUUGUCGACCAGGAGGAGGACCGCCAGUUCGAGGCCACUCCGCAGCAGCAGCUCACACAGCUGCAGCUGCUGAGACAGGCCAUCUCUGGGGAGGUGGCCGGCGCUGCGGGCGGCGAGCGGCCGGGGCCGGGGGUGGGAGGAGCGGCGCCGGGCCCGGGGCCGGGGGUCAGCAGCUUUGGCCCCCUGUCGCGGUGGGGCGGGAACGUUAUCACUCCUCGGGGCGACGGCAGCCCGGCGGCGAAUUCUGCCGUAUGGCUGUCGCCGCCGGCUGGCGGCGCCGCCUCCUCCCUCAACGAUAUGCCUCCGCCAGGGGGCUAUCGUCAGCACACCCGAUCCGAGUCGCUCUACUCGGUUAGCAUCGCAGGCGGGCCCACGGCCGCUAGCGCCGCCGCCGCGGCGGCAGCGGCGCCGGCGGCGCCCGCCGGCGGCGGCGUCACCGACCCAUGGGACACCACGACGCCGCAGCCCGCGGGCAGCGGCGCCGCAAGAUCCACUGCAUCCUCGAAAAUUGCAGCGCCUGGUGGCUGCCGUACACAGAUGUCCUCUUGGGCGGCGGAUCCGGAGCUGUUGUCCGUGGCGCCGUCGCAGGCUGACGGACGAGGCGGCGGCGGCGGCGCCGCCGCCGCCCUGCAGCGGAAGUCCCAUCAGCACCAUCCGCACCACCACCAUUCGUCUUCGGCGGACGGCGCGACGGGAUCAUUCUUCGCCAAGCUGGACGUGUUUGCGAGCAAGGUUUCCUCGGUUCUGGAGCCGCUCAAACCGCAGCGACCCACCCGCCCGUCCGGGCCGGGGGAACUGCCGCGUCCGCGGGUGGUGGAGGAGCAGCCUACGACGACAGCGGACCAGUACAUCCAAGACACGGACGCGGCUGCGGCGGCCGCGGGCGAGCUGCUGCUGCCCGCUGAGAUUGCCUGGCUGCGCGACUGGCGUGCGCGUCUGGCCCUGAGCUCUCCCGGCUACUGCGGUGACCUGGCGCUACAGCUAGCCCUGGCAGCCGCGACUUGCUACAGCCGUGCCGGCCGGCAGCGUGCUGCUGCGCAGCUGUACGGCGAUGUGGGUGCCGUACUGUUGGGCCGCGGUCAGGCGGAGGUAGUGGCGGAGUUGAUGGAGCACGUGGUGUCGCUGGCGCAAGCGGAGGGAUGGUAUGCAAUGCUGGGCCGCGCGCUACCCGUCCUUAUGGCAGCGCAGCAGGCGAUUGGCCACGUCAUGCUGCCGUACACCUGCAUCAAUCGUCGCCGAGUGCUGGAACACGUCCUGUCCAGUGCCGGGUGCCCCCUCUCUCCAGACGGCGGCGGCAGGCUGCGGCGGCCGCCGCUGCCGUCGGCGGUGCUGCAGCUCAGCACGGGCCAGGCCGUACAGGCGGCGCUGCUUCCCGGAUUGACCAGCAGGUUCUACGGCAGCCGCUGCCCCGCCGGCCAGCCCUACCUGGUGGCCCCCGCGCGGCCAGUGGCGCGGCCGCUGCGGCGGCGACACAGCGCCGCCGCCACGGCAGCGGAUGGGGAGAAGCGUUACAGCGACAGGCGGCGGCAACGCCGCCGGGGGAAGCGGGAUCAUUCCUGUGGCGGCGGUGGUGCCGCGCAGUACUUGCGCGUCGGCGACAUGUGCUCCCUUGAGUUGCAAGUGUACAGCAAUCUGCCGACUGCCGUACCGUUGUUGGACGUGCACUUGGUACUAGGGACCCUACAGCCCACACAGCCGCCGCCAGCACCGCCGCCGCCACCACUACCCCAACCGCAAGGCGCCCACAACAGCCAACGCCACGGUUUUCAGCAGCAGCAGCAGCAGCAGCAGAGCCAGACUCACAACUUGCAACAAGCAGCAGCGCAGCAGCAACCCCCCGAGCCGGCAUGGGGCCGUAGCUACAGUGCCACACGCUCGCAGGCGCCGCAUCCUUUCCCACGCGCCGGCACCCUCUCGCCCUUCGGCAAUGUGCAACCCGCUACCUCCAACGCCAUCGCCGCACGCAACAUGUACGGCGGAGAGCUCCCCCCCGGGGCACCUGGACCUGGAGGUUUCGGAGCCGCACCUGCCUGGAGAUCACAUUCCGGCAUGAUCCUUGGCGGCGGAGGCGGCGGUUCUACGGUCAGUCUGGCGGCGGCGGCCCACCCGGCGGCUGCCCCGCAACCGCAGCAACGGCCAACGGCCGCAACUGAUUUGCUUGGGACAUAUCAACCAGCCCUCAGCUUAGACGCCUGGGCGGCAGCGCCAUCGUACGGCGCCGCGCCGUCGUACUACACGCAGCAUCCGCAGCAUGUGCACCCCCAACCUCAGCAAACAGCGGGCAGCGGCGGCAACACUCGGUUAUCGGCAUCGGGAGUGUCGUACACCGCCGCCUCCGCCAUUGCCCAAUCAUGGGGUUCCGCCGCGUCAUUGCAGCAGCAGCAGCCACUGCCGGUAAUACCCAACUCGCCCACAAUGGCGCCUAGCGGCGGUGGCGGCGGCGGCGGCGGCGGUUACUCAAGGUUUACCAACGCGCCUCGCGGCGGUGGCGGUGGCGGUGGCGGUGGCGGCGUUGAGCGAUAUAUACCUAGCAAUACAAGCAGUAGCCUGUCGUUGGGGCCGAUGACUCACACAGGUGGCGGCGCCGGCACCGUCACCGGCGGCGGCGGCAGUUACAGCAAUGUUUCGGAGGCGACGGGGCUGGUACGGCGGGCUCCGUCCUGGGCGGGUAAGAACAUCCCGCCACUGCUGACAGCGCGAUCGGAGGGCAGGGAGGCGCGGGGCGGUGGUUGGCGGACACGCUCUCAGCUGCCGCGUCCUUGGCCCAGGUCCCCGGGGCCGCCGCGUUGGGCAGUGUGGGACACAACCGUGUUCAUAGAGGGCAUGGGUAGCUUGAGGUUCAUCCUGGUGUCCAAUGAGGCAGAGGUCCGGAAGGCUGGUGGCGGCCAGAACUUGAUGGUGGUCAACCAGGUGGCAGAGGAGGUGCAGAAGCAGGCCACCCCCCUUCUGAAGAGGGUUGUCCAUGGGUGGUUGAAAGAGCGCCCACAUCUAAAGCAAUAUACAACCAACGACAGCAUGCUCCUUUGCAGGCUGAAGGCCAUCAAAGCCAUACACAGCUCAACACCUUCAGUGAAGCUGGCAAGCUGCACAGCCAUGGCCAAAGCUUUGCACCGGAGUGCAGAGCUUGCUCCGGUGGCUUCUGCAAUCAAGGAGCUUAAACUGAAGCGGCCGCCAUUGAGUGCCACAAGUCCAGAAAUGACACCUGUACAACUGGCCAAGGCCACUGCAUUCGAGCGGCUGCAGCCCCCAGGGAAGCGCGUCCGCGGCGACCCAGGACCGGGCUGGGCGGCGGGAGACGACCUGGCGUGCCAUCACCUCGUUGAAGUACGGCACGUUCAGGGGCCUGGACACACAGCCACCGGGACCACAGGAGGAGGAGGCGGCGGUGACGGCAGUAGCGGCAGCAGCCCCGAGCCCGCAGCCUCGUCCAGCAUGACCGGGGUCUCUGCAGAUUCCCGUACUGUCGUACUCCAGCCGGGCCUGACACACCUCACAUUCCGCAUCGCGCCGAUGCGGCCCGGCCUGUACUUCGCCCGCCACCUAUCCGCCUCUGUUGGAUCGUACGAUCUCCGUAUACCUGUCGUACCGGCGGGCCAGCUCGCAGCUGACAUACGCGCGCUGACAAGCGGCUGGUCCGGAUUCGUGGGGCUGGGGGCCAGGGCCGCGGGGGCCGCGGGUUCGGGCGCGCCGGGGGCUGGCGGCAGCUUUUCCUUUGGCGGCCUGGGUUUGAGCGGCUCGUCCAUGUGUACGGCAGCGGCGAUCGCGCAGCUUGGGCGCGUGGAAGGUGGUGAGGUACGGCACCUGGAGGUAGCUCUCCAUGUGGGCCCCCUGGUCCCCCGGCUGGGGGUGGCUCCCGUGGCGGUGGGGGGGGGACUGGCGGCGGGGCUGCCGCAGUGGCUGGGGGUGGCGCUGACACCGCUGGACGCGGACCCGGAGGCGGAGGCGGCGGGGGCAAGGUGCAGCAGCAGCAGCAGCAGCAGCAGCGCCGAAGAUGAUGACGCAGGUGAUCAUGGCGCUGACGACGAGGAGGGCCCGGGUGGCGAUGCUGCCGCCGGCGGAGAAGGAGGGGGAGGACGACGACGAGGAGGUGCCAAUCGCGGUGGCUUGCAGUACGUACGGGUACAUGUUCAGGCCCGGGCUCAGUCCGCGUUGCGAGUGGGGGAGUGGUGUCCCCCCGCCGCCGCCUCCACCCCCCAGGUGCCCCUCUCCGCCAUGCCCUCCAUCCCCUCCACGGGCGGUGCCCCUCCGCCCCUCGUUGUUGAAGCACAAGGCGGCGGCGGUGGCGACGGCGGCACCCUCCCGCCCCUCGCCGUCACUGGAUUCGCAAGCCCUGCCGUGGCCGCCAUGGCCGCCACUCCCUCCUUUAACCAUCACCAUCUUCCAUGCCCGGACUACCCAGCUCAGCCCGGCGCCUUGGCUGCUCCGCCGACAUUUCGAAGGGCUGAGGCGGCCGGACACUGCCGAGUUGCCGUCAUUGACUUGCAGCGAGUGGCGGUGGACCAAGCGGCGGCGGCGGCGGCGGCAACGGCGGCGCCGCCGUCCCGGAUGACGUCGCAAUCAUCUUCAUCGCGCACUCCGCCGCCGCCGCCGUCGGGCGGCGUGGACAGUUCCCUUGUGUGUAGCGGCAGUACGGGCGGCGGUGGCGGCGGCGCCGCUGGUUGUACGGCUGUUGGCAGGGUGGCGGAGGUGGCGGAGGCGCAGUGGACGGUUCACAGUCGCCAGGGGGUAGAUCUGUCGCAGGUCCUUGCGGGCCCGCUGAGCUCCCCCGUGCUGAUGUGGCUGCCCGUGUGGGUGCCCCCCGCCGCCCCGGUGAUGGGACCAGACGAUAAGGCCCCGCUGGAUGUGGCUCCGGAGUUGGUACGAGUACAGCAGGCUCACGCGGGAGUGACGUCAUCACGGUACGGCACCGCUGGCGGGCUGAACGGCCGGAGGUUCAUCAGCCGGCAGGGCGCCGCGACGGUAUCAGGCAACGGGCGGGAAAGCAAGCCCACCGGCGCAGGUGCGGGCGGCGGUGGCGGCGGCGGCGGCGGCGGCGGCGCAACUACGCCACCCCCUCAACCGGGGCCCAAGAGCCAGGUGCCAGGAGGCCAGCGGCCGCUCCCCCCUGUGGAGCUGGAGGUGGUGGUGGAGGGGCUGCGGGGUGGCGUGUGGCGCUCACAGGCGACCUCGUUGGCGGUGCCGCUGCAGCAGCCCUUCAGGGUUCGAACCACGGCCUAUCAGCGCCCAGACAGCCAGGUGCUGGUGUCCGUGAACGCGACCAGCUGCCUGUCCUUGCCCGUACUGGUGACGGAGGUGGUUCUGGAGCCGCAGUACGGACUGGUGUUGGGGUUAGGCGAUGGCGGCAGCGGCGGCGCCGUUGGGGGCCACCUCCCGUCGCUAAUCCCCGGGCUACUGCCGCUGCAGCUGGGCCCCCAACAGGGGGUGAGCUGGGCCUUCAUCCUCAGUAGGGCGGCAGAGGCCCUCCAGGAGCCCCCCGGGCUGCAUGAGGAGGACUGCUGCCUGCUGCACAUGACGUUCAGUGUGCUGCCCCCACUGGCUGGCUCGGUCCUCGCGGCGUUCGAAGUGCCGGGCAACUCGCCACAGCAGGUCGGCAGGUACCCGUAUCCUCUGCCGCCGCUUUCGGCGCCACCACCGGCUCCCCCCGCGGGCGCCUUGCUGGGGGAUGGAGGAGCUCUGACGCCAAGUGGCUCGUACAACGAGUCGAGCGUCGCCGCGGCGGCGGCGGUAGUGUCGGCUGCCAGCCCCAGCGGUGCAGGCCACGGCGUGCAGGGCUACGGCCUUCAGCCCCGUGCGUCGGCCGCUCAGCAGCAGCAGCAGCAGCAGCAGCAGCAACCGCCGGCGUCGGCGCUGCCGCCGCCGGCGGCUGCCAGCACCAACUGCCCUAACAUCUAUAGCCACAACGGCGUGUACGCGCUGGCGGCGGGUGCACGAAUGUACGACGGCAGCUUGGGUGGCGGCGGCGGCUGUGGUGGUGGUGCGAGGCUCGGCUUCACACACGGCUUCAUCCUGGAGUUCCCGCCGACCAACGCCCUCACCCACAACUUGGUUUCGGUGCGGCUUUUGGGCCCCCACGCCGCCUCCCUGGGUCAACCCACGCAUCUAACGUGGCUGGUGACGCGAGUCUCUUCGCCACCUGCUGCCCCCCCUGGCGGCGCCGCUGCUGCCGCCGAGGACGCCGAUGUCGCGGUGUACGAGGUCAUCGAAGCAACAGACGCCGCUGACGGUGGCGGCGCCGGCGCGCUGCCGGGCAGCGCGACGGCCAUAGCCACGGCCGCUGUUGCUGGCGGCACGAUGGGCGGCGGCGGCGGCGGCGCUGCUGCCGCCGCCGGUGCUGGUCCCUGGCAGUGGCGCCAGGCGUUGGGCUGUCGGGGCAGUAUUCGACUGGGACAGGCGAAAGGCAGUGUGGCGGUUGUAGAGGCGGUGAUGUUGCCGGUAGUGCCUGGGUUGCUGCGUGCGCCGGUGCUGAGGCUGCGCGGGCUCCGGGAAGUGCGGGACGAGGACGCGGCGGCGGCGGAGUACGUGGUUGUGACGUCACCGCUGUCGUUGUAG